UUUAUCGUAAUUCCCUUUUCUAUUUUCUUCUUCUUCUUCUUCAUAAGUUCACUCUCUCUCUCUCUCUCACAGCCAUGUUCCUGUAACGGACCUCACAUCUUCUUCAUCAGUUCAUCCCCCGUGACUCUAACUCUUAUUCUCAGCUUUCUUGCUUAUUCCACCUCAAGAAUUUGCUAAAAUUUCAAACUCCUGAGAUCUGAAAACAUCUUGUUUUCAUCGUCUCUGGAUCAUCUGAUUUGAUCGGAAAUUUAAAAAUGGGUAAAACCGCCGGAAAGAGAGACUGGACUCAGAUCUACGCUAUCUACGGAAUCGAGCAAUGGCAGACACUCGUCUUCCUCCUCUUCCAUGCUUUCUUCUUCUCUCUUCUCUCUGUUCUCUUCCUCAUCUACUUCGACCAGAUUUGCUUCUUCCUCGAUUCCUUCUUCCUCACCGGCGCUUCCAGGUUAGCCGCCGGUUUCACUGGCGCUGUCACCGCUCUCUCCGCCGUCUGUCUCCUCUUCGCCGCCGCUAAUUUCGUCUACUCAGAUGUUCCGCUUCAGUACGAGAUGGCUCAACGCAUGGUUACCUCCGUCGGUGACUGGUCUUGUGUCAAAACCGCUCUCGAUCUCGGAUGUGGACGUGGUAUCCUCCUCAAUGCCGUCGCUACGCAGCUUAAGAAAACCGGUAGCUCCGGUCGGGUCGUCGGGUUAGACCGGUCUAAACGCACCACUCUCUCCACUCUCCGUACUGCUAAACUCGAAGGUGUUCAAGAGUAUGUGACUUGCCGUGAAGGGNCUGAAAACAUCUUGUUUUCAUCGUCUCUGGAUCAUCUGAUUUGA